AUGUCACAACAGAACAAUCAACAAAAUUUACAAACACCAAACUUGCCAACGGUAGUUGUACCACAAUCGCAACAAAUCGCUUCAAAUAAUUCAACUUCAACACUUGAUCAGUACUCGACGUACUCUCAAAAUACUCAACAGGAACAACAAAAUAAACAACUUCAGAUGAGAGCGCAGCAGCAGCAACAAUAUUCGCAGCAAAGGCCGCAAUUGCAACAGACGCCACAAGGCUCACCACUACCAAUAAAUAUGCAAUCUGUACAACAAGCAAACACGGAUGCUAUAGGAGCAGGACGAGGGGGGACAUCAAUUAGAGGGGGUCCUAAAAAGAAAAGUACAAACGCCGCAAGAAAACCUAGCACUGGAGGUGGGCGUGCGAAACUACCAUCUUUAGAAAAAAGUAAUACUGAUGUAUUGCCUCAAGCUUUAAAUAAAAUGGCUACAGAUUUCUAUAGUCAAGCUCAACAAUUGGGAUUAAACACUGAAGCAGGUUCGGCUAUGUAUAAAAAAUAUGAGGAUGCUAUACGCGCAAUACGUCAACAUCAAGUUAACGUUAACAAUAAUCAAUCUACAAGUUACGGUAUAUCGGCUUCUCCGGACCAACCCUCAACUUCUACGUCAUCUCCACAUACAAUACCUCAAUAUCAAAACAUCCACACACCACAGCAAUUAAUAAAUGAAUUAAAUCUUGUUCAAGAGACUCUGUCACAACCCAACAUACAGCCUAAUGUCAAACAAGAUUAUGAGAAUAGACAGCAAUAUUUAAGAGCUAUUGCAUCGGUAAGAUUCCAGGCACAGCCGGGGGCAGGCGGUCUGGGUGCGGUUUCUCAUAUGCCACCACAAUCUCCAAGAGGUUUAAUGGGACCUCAAGUAGUCAGAUCUCCGAUGCAAGCAAAUGCAUCCUUACCAAGGGCGACAAUGAACGCGUUAGGUCAAAAUCGGGGCAUGGGAUCUCCAGCAGGCAAUGAUUUUAAUAGGAUACCUACUACGACACAACAAAUAUCAUCACCCAUCCUUCAACAUACAAGUAUGACCUCUGGCCAAUCACAAGAUGGAUUGAUGAACAUGCAACAGCAACUUGGACAGAUGUCAUCAUCGUUACAACAGGUUCCUCAAUCACCUAGUACACAAUCACAAAUGAUGGUGUUACCACAUUCCCCACGAACACAACAACUGCAUAUGCAGCAGUUGCAUCCUCUUUCACCGAGGCAACAGCAUUCAUCUCAGCCUCUACAAUCUGUUGCAAAUGAGGAUUUGAUGGAGAUUGACUCGGAUACAAGAUCAUCGACUUUAGCGCAAAAGACUGCAGAAAGUCUGGCAGCAAGCGCGGCAGCUGCUGCAGCUGCUGCAGUUCCUCGACAGGUCCCUCCGAUAGCUCCAGCCAUUAAUACGGGCAUUCUUCAAUCGUCACUAAACAAAAUUCAUCAAAUUCAUACCGGUAAAACUUAUGCAUCCAUUUAUGGCAACAAUUCAAGCUACCCUGAAAUUUCCACAUCAAAUGUGGUGGAUGUUGACAUGGAAGAUGCGUGUUCUCAACAUCUCUUACCGAAACGAAAAGUUCAACAACUAGUUGAUCAAAUAGAUCCAAAAGAGAGCCAAACAUCGCAAAUCAGAAACUUUAGAGGUGAAGGAUCUUCAACUUCACCUAGGUCGGUUAGGAAGCCAGUCGUUUCCGUCGGGCAUCAACAAAAGCUUGCGGCUGUGAUGCAAGCAAAGGCCAACAAGGCCAUGACGGCUGCUACAGGUCCAUCCAACUAA